AAUUGCAGUGUGAAAUGAGGAUAAAAUACUUAGCUUCUGCAUUUUCUACAGCAACAACCAACAGUGGCGUACCCUGUCUAGUGCCAUGCCUGAACUGAUGUGAUGAGGCUGGUUUAAACCUUGGAGACAAGGAGGUUUAAAAGUUGCAGAGGCGAGAUGGAGCUGGAUAAUAGCUCACUGGACUACUUUACCAGCAACUUCACAGAGAUUCCUGACACCACAACAACUCCACCCUGGAGCAAGGCCACGCUACUCGGCCUCCAGAUCUCCCUGUCUGCACUGUUAGCUGUCGUCACUCUGGCUACCGUCCUCUCAAACGCCUUUGUCAUCGCCACCAUCUUUUUAACCAGGAAGCUCCACACACCUGCCAACUUCCUGAUCGGCUCACUCGCCGUCACAGACCUGCUGGUGUCUAUUUUAGUCAUGCCAAUCAGCAUCGUCUACACUGUCAGCAAGACCUGGUCGCUGGGGCAGAUUGUCUGUGACAUCUGGCUGUCGUCUGAUAUCACCUUCUGCACGGCCUCCAUCUUGCACCUGUGUGUGAUCGCAUUGGACCGCUACUGGGCCAUCACAGACGCCCUGGAGUACUCGAAACGCCGCACCAUGCGUCGGGCGGCGAUCAUGGUUGGGGUGGUGUGGGUGAUCUCCAUAUCGAUUUCCAUGCCUCCACUUUUCUGGCGGCAAGCCAAAGCCCACGAGGAGCUGACGGAGUGCAUGGUCAAUACAGAUCAGAUCUCUUACACUCUAUACUCCACCUUCGGCGCAUUCUACGUCCCCACAGUGCUGCUCAUCAUCCUCUAUGGACGGAUCUAUGUUGCCGCCCGCUCCCGCAUCUUUAAGACGCCGUCUUCUUCAGGGAAACGUUUCACCACAGCACAGCUCAUCCAAACCUCUGCAGGCUCCUCUCUCUGUUCUCUUAAUUCUGCCUCCUACCAGGAAGCACAGCUACGCUCUGGCAAUGCGGGGGGUGGGGGAGGAGGAGGGGGAGGAUCGCCUCUAUUCAUGAAUAGCGUUAAAGUUAAGCUGGCAGACAGCGUGCUGGAGAGGAAACGGCUGUGUGCGGCUCGGGAGAGGAAAGCGACCAAGACACUGGGCAUCAUCCUGGGCGCUUUCAUUGUCUGUUGGCUCCCCUUCUUUGUGGGCACGCUCGUCAUGGCCAUAUGUAAAGAGUGCUGGUUUGAUCCAGUGCUUUUUGAUAUAUUUACCUGGCUGGGAUACCUGAACUCCCUGAUCAAUCCUGUUAUCUACACCGUAUUCAACGAUGAGUUCAAACAGGCUUUCCAAAAACUCACUAAAUUCAGACGAUGCUGCUGAAAAAAAAAUGGAUUAAUUAAAAUCUCUUGGAAAACGGGGAGUGAGAAAACAAGAUAAUAAUGAUAAUGGAAGUACUGUACACUUAAAUGUCCCAUCUUGUAAACACAUGCUAAUUGUGAUAUGUUUUUGAUUUUUAUAUUCAACAGCGCCAUACCAUGCUCUUUAGAUACCUACAGCAUUCAUAUAGACUUAUGCAUGCACGCUAAAAAAAAAGACAAAGAAGAAUUGUGGAACUCAUCCAUAAAAAGAUUAAGAAAGAGGAUUAUAAGUCUAUUUCAUGUCACAGGGGCACUGCUGUUAUUUAAAGGUCCCAUGACAUGGUGCUCUUUGGAUGCUUUUAUAUAGACCUUAGUGGUCCCCUAAUACUGUAGCUGAAGUCUCUUUCCCAAAAUUCAGCCUUGGUGCAGAAUUACA